AUGAACUUUGCGAGAGGUGUGGCGGGGACAUCAAAUAAUAAUGGGAAAGCGGGACGAUCAGCUGUCCCAGUGGAUGUGGGAUCGCCCUUACUUGAUUGGGAGGAGGGAGAUCACUUCAGUUUUGAAGAUUCCGAACGUUUCGAAGAAGAUUCUAUGUGUAGCUGGAGUUCGGAACCCGAAAGCCUGUGUAAUAAUUGGCGAGGCUGGAGAAGACCAAAUUUUCCCAAUUCAUUCGGACCUCGGCCAACGAAAAAACCAACUCAAGACAAACCAGUAUCAUCACUAAGUGAGUUGGCUGCUAAGUGUGUCGCCAGUCACAUUCCAUUUGAGUUAGUUGAACAUGUGUAUCCACCAGUACCAGAGCAAUUACAACUACAAAUUGCAUUUUGGAGCUUCCCAGAGAGUGAAGAUGAUAUACGUCUUUAUUCAUGCCUUGCAAAUGGAUCAGCUGAAGAAUUUCAGAGAGGAGAACACCUGUUUAGAGACAAAGCGGUUAAAGAUGUUUUACAAAUUGGUUUUCACUUAUCUGCAACAGUUUUACUUACCAUGGCAAGGACUCAGUUUAAUGUAGCAGUGACAUUUGACAGGCAAAAGAUAUCAUCAUGUAACUGUACUUGUUCCUCAUCAGCUCAUUGGUGUUCACAUAUUGUUGCUGUGUGUCUCUUUAGAAUACAUUUACCAACUCAAGUAUGUCUCAGAGCACCAGUAUCUGAGUCUCUACAGAGAUUGCAGCGAGAUCAAUUACAGAAAUUUGCACAAUACCUCAUAUCGGAGUUACCACGACAAAUUCUUCCAACGGCCCAGAAAAUAUUGGACGAGUUAUUAUCAGCGCAACCGAACCAAAUUAACACAACUUGCGGGGCACCUGACCCAACCGCAGGUGCAUCGGCCUAUGAAUACACAUCAUGGUUCCUCGAUGAGAAAACAUUACACAACAAUAUUAAUAAAAUAUUGGUGAAAUUUUGUGUACCAACUCCAAUAGUGUUUAGUGACGUAAAUUAUCUAAGUACAAGCGCUCCGCCGGCCGCGGCUGAGUGGUCGUCCUUGUUGCGGCCUUUGCGCGGACGUGAGCCUGAAGGCAUGUGGAAUUUGCUCUCCAUUGUACGAGAGAUGUUCAAACGUAGCGACCGAAAUGCUAUACCUCUACUCGAGAUUAUCACUGAAGAGGUCAUGGCUUGUGAACAGAUAAUAGUCUGGUGGUACAGCACUAAAGCGGCCUUAGUGGCGUGGGGUGGCGGUACGGGGGGGAAGCAUGGCGGAGGCGGCGGAAACUCCACCGCUCAGCACGCUUGUUCUUCUCUGUGUGACGAGGUGGUGGUGUUAUGGCGUCUCGCGGCUUUGAACCCUGGACUCGCACCACACGAAAGAGAUACGCUUCAUGAGCAGUUCACUCAAUGGCACGUGAAGGUUUUGGACAAGGUGGCAAAGAAUCGAAACAAUCACAUAAAUACGUCGCAUCCGCGCCAUGUGCGUGCGCAUUCUCACCCGCCAUACAUCAACGGUAUAAGUGAGACAGAAGUAUUUCCCGGCUUCAACCCUGCUAUGGAAGCCUGUUUCCUUGAAUGGGACGACUACCCAAUAGCUGGUGUUACAUACACAAAGGACCUUAAUCCGCUCUACCAUAGUCCUUUUACUAUAUUCAGGCAUUCGGAUAAGCAGGCAGACAGUGUUCAUCAGGUAAAUUCAUCAAAGGCAGUACUUAACAACGAGAUGUCUCUCAGCUAUAGGCUGACGAAUCCUGAUCCCUCAAUGCAAGGACAUCGCACUCUGGUUCACAGAAACAGUAGAAUAACUGUUGAUUUAGCGAUUGCUGGUCCUUCGAACCAGGCUUGUGGUUCUGGCCAGGAAGCAGCUCGUGAUCCCGGACCAAGUGACGGGAAUCAUUCGAGUGUCUCAUCUGAAGGUUUUUGUGAAAAUGAAGAAGAAAUGCAAGUAAGCGGUGCAGAUGGUGGUGAUACCGACUCUCAGGAUUCAUCUCCACCGAUUUCGUCUGAUGAUGCAAUUCCACCCAGGGAUGACUCCGUCUCUGAUGAUGAAUGUCAACUGUACUUCUAUGAUGCUACAGCUGCUAGAAGAGUGGCAGCUGACGGAUCAAGCGCAAUAAACGGGGCCAACAGUGUGGGUGGAGCCAGUAGCAGCGGCGCUAGUUGGCAGUGCGGUUGGGAAGUUCAGUUCGCGCGAGCUGAAGGCUUACACGCGCACGGACAUGCCAGAGAGGCCUGCGCACUUGGCGCCAGUCUUGCCAGAGAGCUAUUGGCUAGACCACCAGCCUUGCUAGGUACAGGCUACAGCAGCAGUGCAGCGGAGUUGCGACGUGCUCGUAGACGUCACGCACCGUCCCCGCGUCUCUGCGCAGCCAGCCAUCGCACCUCGAAUCUCGCUUCGACCACGCUUGCUAAAUGCGCUUUCCUUUGCACUGUUCUGGCGGAAUUCAGCGAACAACACGAAUUAGCAUUCCGUGUGGGUCUUUUCGCGUUGGAAAUGGCUCGUCCUCCAGCCAGUACAAAAGCUCUGGAAGUGAAACUGAACAAUCAGGAGUCCGAGCUGGUCGCCUUGCUGAAGAAACUGCCGACUGGUGCAGAGCAACUGGAUCUGGCUAGGGAGAAGGCGGAACAACUGAGAGAUGGAUUGCUAAGAAGCAGAGGUCCAGCAUUGUUGCCGAUAUCAUUGGCCAGUUUCUUGUUUGAAGUUCUUGUGCUGUCAGCGUCUGAAAACAAACAUCCAGCAAGACUGCUAACAGACGAAUUACUAGGCUUCGAAGCGGCAGUGGCAGCCCUAGGCCUCAAAGCGAACGUGUCGGAAGCAGAUCAUCCCUUACUAUGUGAAGGCACGAGACGACAACGCGGUGACCUAGCCGUGACCCUGCUGUCUUUCUACAAGGACGAUCCCGUUAAACUCGCCCGGAUUAUGAAUAAGCUCCUUGACCGCGAUAUCCACCAGCUGACAAAGGGUCCAAUGGUCAGCAUGUAUUACUCCACGAACCCUCGCUUCAAUACUCGCAGCGAGCAUCACCACCAUCACCCUCCAGCUAAUAUGCCUGUGGCCGGUCCAUCGUGUAACCUCUCUGGUGAGAUGGAACGUCUCACAGUGGGAGAAGGGAAUGGCUCGCCCCCCACAGUCCCCCAUUCACAUCAGACGCAUACUACACAUACCUUGCCUAGGCUUAAGGAUACCAGAUACAAAGGAAAGCGACAAUAUCCCUCAGUGCCAAAUCAGCCUUCGGAGGCGUCGUCUCACUUUAUGUUCGAAUUGGCCAAGUCAGUGCUGUUCAAGGCUGGAGGAUCGUCAAGUACCAGCCUCUUCACUCAGACCUCGUGUGCCAGAGAACAUCAUGGACCUCACAGAGGUUUACAUAUGGCGGCUUUCCAACUGGGCCUUUACGCGCUCGGCCUACAUAACUGUGUUAGCGCCAAUUGGCUCAGUCGUACGUAUUCUUCACAUGUGAGCUGGAUAACAGGUCAAGCCAUGGAUAUUGGUGCACCCGCAAUUCUAUUCUUGAUCGAUGCUUGGGAAGGUCAUUUGACACCGCCUGAAGCAGCUGGAAUAGCUGAUAAGGCCUCAUCGGGUCGCGACGUCCAAACUGUUCGGGCGGCGGCUGAGCUGGCCUUAUCGGUACUACCGCACGCACACGCCCUCAACUACAACGAGAUACAACGCGCAGUACUGCAGUGCAAGGAACAGAGCGACGCCAUGUUGGAACGGGCUUGUCUCAUCGUCGAAGCCGCUGCUAAAGGUGGCGGGGUUUACCCCGAGGUGCUGUACACAGUGGCCCGUUACUGGCACGAGCUUUACCUGCGCCAAGCCAACGAGGAGGAGCCCGAGGAGGCCUAUAGGGCUCCACCCCCGCUCGCCGUGCCUCUGCCCUACCCGCUGCCAUAUCCCUUCACCUACCACCCCUAUCCGCCACACAUCUACCGUCUCCAGUUCGAGUGCCCUCAGUACGGUGGCGCAGGUCCGGCUCACCCGGGCGCCCAGUUCGCGAUUCCGCAGUACUUCGUGCGCGGGAUUGUGCCGCCUCACGCACCACACCCGCAGCAGCACCCGCAGAUGGCUCAAGUGGCGCAGGUGGCCCAGCACGUCCCAAUGCAGCCCCACGCGCCUCCUCACCAGCCUAUACCCGUCAAUGUGACUCACCCCGCUCCGAUACCGCCGCCUUUGCCUGUCGCCCAUCAACCAGUGGGUGCCGUGGGAGUUGUGCCAGUCAGUACUGCACACGUGAAUAACGGUCCGCCCAUGGGCAGUGUCCCACAAGUACCUGGCGCUGGUCCACCCGCCUUACCGCAAGCGCAGUUGAGGAGAUUACUCGCUGCUUAUAGAGUUGGAAUGCUUGCACUGGAAACCCAGGCCAGGAGGGUCCACGAUGAUAGGCCGCAGAAUAAGUUCGGAAGGAAUCCCCCAUACGGCGAUCAUGUGAAAUGGCUUCUGCGUAUUUCGAAACGUCUAGGUGCGCAAUACUUACACCAGUUCUGCGUUUGCGCAGUUAACUCUGUGGUUUCACCGUUCGUGCUAUACGAGUUAUGCGUUGAGUCAGCCCAUUGGCUGGCUAGGGGAGGCCCUCAUCACCUCGUGAUGCAGCAUCUACGGGGCACACUAGCGCCACUCGUGCACAAGUGUCAGCAGAUGUACAUUCAAUGCAUCCAUCAGAAGCUAUACCACUUAACAGCAGUCGAGUACGAGGAGUUUGUUGGUAUCGUGUUAUCAGCGCGUACGGCUUUUCAGCUCACACCUGAAGGAAACACCCAGUUUAAGGAAUGGCUCGCUUCACUACGCAGAUCGAAAUCGUGCAAGAAGGACUUGUGGACGCAGCUGAACGCCGCGCUUCAGACGAACGGCAAAUGA